UCCAGAGUUGUGGGACUGGACCUGACUGGGUCUGCCCCUGCCUUCUGAUGAUGAGGGAGGCUGGGACAGUCCGGGGGAAUGGGCAGUGCUCCUGCUACCAGCUGCACACAGUGCAGGAGAGAGCACAGACUGAGCACAAUUCAGCAGCAAGCCACUGAGAGAGAGAGAGGGGGAUAGAGAGACCCUGAGCAACAGCGGCGCAGCCAAGGAGACCACAGAAACACUCUUCCCCCAAAUCCCCAGCUCUGCCUAGAGAGAGAGAGAGAGAAGCAGCAGAGGCAAACAAAAGCCUCUCCUUUCAAUUUCAGAGAAGAAGAAAAAAAUUAACAAUAGAUUGCGUGAGAUACAAACUCGAGGAGAAAGGCGUGACAGGACGACCAGACUGCGGUUUAUGAACCGUCCAGCUACUAACACGAGGUGAGGGAUUGGAGCGCAGCGCUGCAUGAGUGAUAAACGCAUCCGGGAGAAGAACCGAGUACAACCAGGACCAGAGCAACUAUGAGGAUCACGUGGCUGCUGCUUUCACUUUGCUUCCUGUUUCACAGCGUCUGUUCAGAAAACACCACUACUGUAGGCACGACUACAACAAUGUCUGUGUUAUCUGGUGGUACAUCGCCUGUGACAGAUACUCAGCCCACUACACCCAACGUAACUACGAACAAACCACAAACUACAGCAGCUGUUACUAGUAAAACCACAAUGGUAAAUACUCCAACCACCACAACACACCUAAUAACAGCAACAGCAACUGUUGGGAACAAGCCUACAGCCUCUUCAGCCCCUCCAGCCACCACCCACCAGCCCACCACCCUAAACACCACAUCAGAAUCUCCCAGAACCACCUCUGGUACUACUCCUAACGUUGUUACUGUCAGCCCCACCAAGACCACAACCCCAGCUGUCGUUGGGCCUGUGGUAACCUUCAAAGCUACCGAUGCACCUCCAACUAGCCCCCCUGUAGCCACUAAAGUCUCUGGGACUAGCAUGCAGCCACCAAACAACACAGGGACCCCCAGCAUCACAAAGUCCCCAACAGAUGCCUCCGCAGCAGGAGAACAGUCCACGACCCACACCACCAUCACCUCUAAGACAACCACAGAAGUUACAGGAAAGAAGGAUGAACCAUCAAGGGCCUCAGAGCCAACUGGGGGCCCGGGGACCACCAUCACCUCCCCCACCAUGACCAAGGAAACAUUUCUUGCAAAUAACACCUUAAAUACCAAAGCUGGAACCACAACUCUGCAAACCACCACCAUCCUCAUCGCCUCCACCCUAAGUGCUACCCCAACCACCACCACCACCACCACCACCACCACCACCACCACAGAAUUUAAGUAUUCUCUAAACAGCAGGCAUGAGAAAGAUGAAGAGAAAGAUCUGGUGGAGGUGUGCAAGCGGCUGAUGGCGGAUAUGCAAGAUGGAAACUGCACCCUGAUAUGGACCCCAUACCACAACGGCACAGUAAAGUUUGACAGUGUGGAGAUACGUGGCAAAGUGAAAACCAGCCUGGCAAACCAGUAUUACGAAGAAAUCACCAAGAAAGCUGCAGAUAAUAAAACCCUGAUAGCCAUCCUGGCUUCCUGCGGAGCUCUGCUCAUCAUGAUUGCCAUCCUUGCUAUCUGUGCCUCCCGCCACCGCAAGCCAUACGGCGAGACCCAGCAACACCUGACUGAGGAGCUGCACACAGUGGAGAAUGGUUACCAUGACAACCCCACACUUGAGGUGAUGGAGGUGCAGCCGGAGAUGCAGGAGAAGAAGGUGGCAUUGAAAGGAGAGUUCAAUGACAGCUGGAUUGUCCCCAUCGAUAACCUCCUGAAGGAGGACAUGCCUGAUGAGGAGGACACCCACUUGUAGACAUGAACAGGGGCAAAGGAAAAGAAGACAGAGACAGUGACAGGACCUGGCUUGUUCCAGCCACAACAAACAAGAGUCCACACUUCUUGCUCCAUGCUGGCCCUGCCCACUCAGCUUACACUCCUGACCCUGGGAUCAUGUCCCUGUAGCUAGAGAAGACUUUCUUAAAUAGAUGUGCAUCCUGUAGAGGAACAAGAGCAACAAAGUCCACUUAUUAAUGGUGUUGACCUGCUCUGUUUGAUGUAUCUCUGCUGUAUUUGGUGUGAAAUAGAAAUGAGUAUCAACACUUUGUGGAUGAAGAACUAAUAAGACAGACACAGUGGCCUUGAAAACUUAAAGGACAUAUAUGUUGGAAAUCCACUAAAUCGAUCACUGUUGUACCUAUAUGGUAGUUUUUAUAGACACAUGACUUCCUUCAGAGCACAGUCCAGUUCCCUUUGUUUAACCAGGUAAGUUUCCAUUGAGAUACCAAAUCUCAUUUUCAAAGAUAUUAGUAAAAUGUACAGGUAUUACACAUUUUGUAUUCUGGAAACUUUUUUUAAAAAGCCCAAAACCUGUGCCUUUCUUUUUAUUGUUCUCACAAGAGAGUUGACUUGUACCCACACACCUGUAUUUACACUAUUUUUGUAUUAAAGGAACUGGGCCAUCUGGUCACUUUAUGUUAUCAUUUGGCUCCAGAGGCUCCAGAAAAGAUGAUCAGAGUGAUGACAACAAGGUCAGCUGCCUCGUCAGUUCUAGUUACUAACUUAGCUAGAUGACCUCAGGAUACUUCAAAGCAUCCUGGUGAUUUUUCCACUUGUAUGUAUCUAUGAAGAAACUGCCAGUGGUUGUAAGAGCUGCACUGGUACAACUGAACACUAACCUUACUCAUAAAAAACAGAACAUACUCAUAAAGACACAGCUUAAAGCAAAUGGGUUUACAGAAAUUAUGAUUUCUAAGAUGUACAGAAAGCCAGAAGGGACAUAUCACAAGUAUAUAUUUUGUGUUAUGUUUGAAAAUACAUUUAAAUAUGUCAAAUUGGGCUGAGAGACAUUGUAAUUGUAAGCUACAUUAUGGACCAAUUAAUUGGCAUACAAAUUGAUAAAGAAAAUAAUCAAUAGGUGCAGCCCUAGUCUUUAAUUCUGGCCCCUCUGGUCUUCCAAGCAUGGAGGAAUUUGUUCAGUAUUUAUAUAAAAUUCAACUAAUCACAUUUUAGUUAGCUUUACUUUCUUUAAUUUAAGCAUAAUGCCACAUUAUUUAAAUGCUUCAUUUUGAAAUCUUAAUGAUAAUUCAGGUUUACAACUUCCUGGGUCUUAUUUCUGUAGCUGUAGCAAUCAUUGCAAUCAUGAUAACUAUCAAGUUGCACCAAGUACUUUGCUGAUAUCUCGACAUCACUGCAACAAUGUCUGAAACACGAGCAGUCAGAAGAUCAGAUAGAUUUCAAAGGUUUAUCCAGAUUAUGUAAACCACUUCAUUUAGAGGUGAACUGAAAGUGAACCAAUCUGAAAUGAUGAUGACCCUCCCUCGGAAUACAGGAAAACUUUGUGGUCACAACUACAAUAAACACAGUCAAAGCUGCAUCAAAGAUUGAAAGCUCAGUAGACAAGUUUAGUUGCUAUAGCCUUAUGGAGUGGCUUGGCGCUUAGGCGGCAAAUGUUAGCAUACUUUAGAUAAAUAUUGGUGUGCAACUGACAUUUGUUAGUCACUUGGCUGAAUUUGUGGCUCUUCUCCAUGUGCUAUUGUAGAAGUUAAAGAAGUAGGUGUUUGUUGCUUGUGACCCCAUUUUCACACUCAGCUCUUAUUUUUACUGUAUAUUUGUCAGUAAUUCAAAAUAAUUCAGUCCAAUGAUGAUAGGUGUAACAUAACUAACCCAAGGGAAUCUUGAGAAAUUGAUUAAUGUGACCACUAUUCAGCAAAAGCUACACGGUCUCACUUUAAUGUUACAAAUCACAGCUUGGUCCCCUGGUCUGAAAACUCACAGGUUGGGUAGCAGGUUUACAGUUCACCUUUGUUUACACUUGCAAAUAAAUUUGUCUAAUCUGUUGGUUUUUUUUAAACAUUCGUCUGAAUGCUCGUGUUACUUGCAAGUAACAAUUGUACAAUGUAAUUAUUGCUGAUAGGAACGAUGGCAAAAUUGAAAUAAUUCAGGCUGUAAUGACAUGAAUGACAUGACAUUUUACCUAGACCGAAAUCUUUUUCUGAAGCCAAUACCAGUAAACAACUCACAAUUGUAUCGACUGUUACAGUGAUCUAUUUUUAUGAGCCAAGGUAAAGCAUGUAGAAAAGAAAUAUCACAAACGGUCAUCUCCCUAAUCAAUAAGAAACCAACUGGACUGACGUGGACUUGGCCUUUUAAAGUUGCUGUUGGUUCAUACAGAUGUUGUGCUAAUAACUGAUGCAAACUGUAAAUAGUGUGUGAAGUGUCUUUUCACUUUUGCUGAUGCUGGCUAGGGCGAAGUCAUCUGACCAACCCUCAGUGCAGAACCUGAACACUUUUUUUUUUUCUUGUUCAGCUUAAUAAUUUACUUCCCUUUAAACAAAGUAAGAAGUUAUUUACUUUCACUCUAAACGACAUACAAGUGAAUCCUCACCUCAGGCACUACAACCCUACUUCUGUGUGUGUGUGUGUUUUUAUUGUUUGGUCCACAUAUAGCUGUGCUUUUUUCACCAAAGUAUGUUACUAGUAUUUGAUAUAUUUAUGGUUUGUUUGCUGCUCAAGGCAAACAGCAGGGGUCUGACACACUGGAAUCUGUAAAUUGCUGGUCGCACUGGCGGCCAUGUUGUUUUAUGUUCAGAUUUGCAAAUAAAUGAAGUGUUUUUUUUUUCCACUUUGGUUCUGCAGUUUACUUGGUCAGUACUAUACACACACACACACACACACACACACACACACACACACACACACACACACGCCCUCUAGGGGGCAAAACAGCACAGAUGCAGCAUUUAAGAAAACCUGAACAAAAUACAAUCUUUAUUCAUUAUAUACAUUACAUACAAAGCUAUACUACACAUUCGCUGUAUCGACAGAGUAGUGCUCAUUGAUCUGAGAGUACCAGCCUUAAAUCUCCUGAGUCCCACCCAGGCAUUCAGAGCAGGGUAAGAUAAAAACAAAAAAAUGGAAUCAGCAAACUUUGUUGUGUGGAGGACAUUUACCUUAAAUAGCAUUUUUUUUAAAGAGUAUUUGGCAUUUCUCUAUUUUCUUUUUUACAAAGGUGCUUUCAGUUUGUCUUUUUGAACAGUUUUCUUCUGUCAAAAAUGAAAAUGCUACAGCAAGCAUGAUGAGCCCUAAUUGUUACCAAUAUAUUAUCAAUAAUCCUUCACAUGCCUUUUCUUUUUCUAUGAUACAAGCAUUAUUUUUUGCUCUGGUGUGUGUGUGUGUGUGUGUGUGUGUUUUAUAUUCACAGAUGUGUUUCCAAUUUAGGGCAAUGAAAUCAGGAGUAAAACAUACAUGUACAGACAAUGCACAAGCCAUCCAACAAAAAUGUUACAGCACAAAAACAACCAAAUAAUUAGAAUACUAACGAACAACAUCUCCAUUGUUGUAAAUUAGAGGAUUUAUCUUCCUCCGCCAAUGAAUUUAAGGAAAGAGAAGGGUGCUGAUGCAAAAUUGUCUAGAGGAAAAAAAAAAAGAGAAGAAGAAAAAACCCUGAAUCUCAAUGUGAUGUGAUGGUCGCUACUCAUCUCCAGUGUCAUGACACACAAGGAGACUAUAUACACACCAGCGAAACAUUAUUUACAGCAGCAGAGUCACCCACAGUCACAGUAAACAACAUCCUUAGGGGAUAAUUACACUUGAUGGAAGUUAUUUGUUGUGGGAUAAGUGUAAGAUGUAUCACUUUAAACCAGGACAAAGGAAACAAGGAUGCACCAGAUACAGAUUCCACAUAAUAAGCAUGCUAUGUAAAGCAUCCAACUGUUCCAGUGGGUGGGUAACCCAUUGAGCGUUUGAAGUAAAUAAGCUCAUGUCUGACAUUAAAAUCAUGUAUGAAAAGAAAAGUUAGUACAUACUGGGAUAUACAUAUAUUUGUUCUCUUGCAGAGAGGUAGUUAAGAAGAUUGAUACCCCUCUCAUGUGUACACUAAAUAUGAAGCUCCAGCCAGCAGGUCAUUAGCUUAGCUUAGCACCAAGAGCAGGAACAGGGGGAAACAGACGGUUUUACUGCUACAGCCUUACUUAAUGCGACACCUGUGCUUCAUGGUAGCUAGCGUUCGCCGACUUCACACAUUUUCCUUUCCAGUUCUAAUGUUAUUUUAUGGUUUUACCAAACCCCAGCCUGUGAUGUUCGUGUAUUACUGCAGUCACAUCACUGAGCUAAGCAUCCAAUUUACUGAAAGAUAGACAAUAAAAAAACAAAACAAAAAAAAAAAACAAUAAUUUCAUGCUUUCACAAAAUUUAGAGAAUAAGACUUUUCUAAUAAUGAAUGGGAAUACGCGAGAGAGGCAGACUGGUGAUGGUGGCUGUUGCACAGUAAAUUGGCUUACACCACUAUGGGCCUUUGAUUUUAAAACAGAUGCGUUAGGUGUGCAUUACCUUUAAAAUGCCAAUACAAUGGGAUUAACUGAAGAUAACUAGUUCAUGUCUAAGUUUUUAACAUCUAACUUCCACUCUGGUUGCUGCCUCAUGACUAGACUGAAACAUGAAAGAAAAGAAUUUGCAAAAGGCCAUUAUGUUGUUACUUAGUUCUGCUGUUGUGUUAAACUGACCUCAUGAUCUUCACCUGCCCAGUGUUCUUCAGGCUGACAGACCGAAACAGAGCUGAUCCUCUACAUUAUGAUCUACAAGUUGUGGUGAACAGUCGCAGCAGAUGUAGCGGGGAUGAUGAAUCAUGUAAUGGUGUGAUGUAUCACAGCUGCGGCACUGGGAAAGACAAUCAUCUGUUGCUUUUGCAUGACUAAGGAACACUUCUUUCUGUCCAUGGGAUGUUAGCAAUCAUUCCUCUCUUAAGAAACCAUCUGAUAGUGCCCGACUGAGAAUAACGGAGGACAAAAAACUCAAAAAGUGAAAGGUGGGACUUUGAGCGAGCAGUAAGCACCGAUGAGCAUGGACACCAAAAUCCAAGUACAACUUUGUGACAGCGGGUAAACAUUUCAACUCUGUCUCUUCUGUAGCUGAACCUGACCUUUGAUGUCUUCUUGGAAGACUUAAGUUGUGUCUGACAUUAGCUCAUCUGUGAGCUAUACACUCAAACGCCUCCUUUCUUCUUUCUGUUUAUUCAUAAUACAUAGAAAACUUGCUUUAGCAUGCUUCCUCACCUGGACAGUAUACCGAUUUAUUUUUGGUAAUGUCACACACAGUUUUGACAUAUCAUUUGAUACAUUUUAGUUUUUAUUAAAACUUUGCAGAGUUCCCCGUCUCCAUCUACCACAGACAAUUUGAACCACAAAUCAAUUUCACAUUCUGCCUAUGAGAUUAAGUCAAGUAUUACCAGAAAAAAUAAAUACGUCUUUUAAUGUUGAUCACAGAAAACCCUACCCUGAUUUCUGCAUAGUGUUUCACCAGGCAAGGACAAAAGACCAAAACAAGAAUGAGCCACUAUCAGAGCACUCAGCUUUAGAAAGCGGGUUAAAAAAAAAAAA